CCACCCCCCAAAAUGACCACGUACGGCACCAUCCCGACCUCCUCCGCCUCCUCGCCGCCGGCGAACCUCGAGUACAUCUCCCGCGCGAAGGAGCGGAUCAAGUCCGGCCUCGCCGAGCGCCGCCCGUGGAAGCUCAUGCUCAACGUCCGCGCCCUCCGGCUCCCCACCGGCUUCCCCGACGCCCUCUCCCGGGUGCGGACCAACCUCUCCUUCUUCCGCACCAACUACGCCAUGGUCUUCCUCCUCAUCCUCUUCCUCAGCCUGCUGUGGCACCCGAUCUCGCUCAUCGUCUUCGUCGUCAUGAUGGCCGCGUGGCUCUUCCUCUACUUCCUCCGGGACGAGCCCCUCGCGGUGUUCGGCCGCACGAUCGACGACCGGGUCGUCCUGGCCGUGAUGUCGGUGCUGACGCUGGUGUUCCUGCUGCUGACGCACGCGACGGUGAACAUCCUGGUGGCGGUCCUCAUCGGGGCCGUCGUGGUGGUGCUGCACGCGGCCAUGAGGAGGACGGACGACCUGUCGGCGGAGGGCGGGGAAGCCGCGGGGACGCGUGGGUUGAUGACGAGCGUCGGAUCUCCGUCGUCGUCGUGACCCCUUUGGGCGACUGUUAAGGCGUGACCUGAUUUUUUCGGUUUUUUUUUUUGCCCCUUUUUCUUUUAUUUAUUUAUUUUACCUCGAUUCGCCUCUUUUAUUUGUAUCUUACCUUUUUUAAUUUUCCAAUUGGAGUGGCUUCGUGUUUGUAUAACAGGGGUUCCACUAGAGAAAGGUGUUUCGUGUCCUUCGAA